AGUUAUACCCAGAUUAUCUGGCUAUACACAGAGUUUAAUUGACUAAAUAGCUACGUACUUUCAAGAUGUGAAGUGGCAGGUGAUCCUUUACAAGUUAUUUUCAUCACACGGACAAUGAAAUUAUGCAUACCAUUGAAACAAAAUAUUGUACAAAUAACAAAUACAGAAUAACAAUAUUUUCGAAGAUUGGACCUCAAUAUCCCGGUAUAUCGUAACAGGAGAUAAAAUGAUUUUUUAUAUAGUAGAAUGGAAGAGAGGAACGCAUCGCAAAAACCAAAGGAAUUGUUCCUUGAUUUAUUUUAAUGUAGUUUGUAUGGUUAAGAACCUGUUCUAAAUGUAUACGCGGAUCCAGCAAUUUCAGGAGUGAGGAAGGUGCUCCCUGAUAUCCCCCUUCUAGAUAUGCGCAUUUUUCAUUCUAGCAGUAUAAUUGAGUUUUAAACAAAUAGUUAAAGGAACCACACAUUAGUCCUAUAAUAGUUGAGAACAAUAGCAGUAUAUAUACUAACACCUUGUUUUUUUUAAUACAGUAACUAUUUGUCGCAAAAACAAGUGCGUGUGGUGUAAAUGUAUCACAGUAUGGUGCACUAAUGUUGUUUAUUAAGGUAUAACUUAUCUUUUAGGGUAAUUAUACCCUACUGACACAUUCGUAAGGCCUCGGUUUGUUUACAUUCACACCCUAUUUCAUCAUACCUGACACGCUGGAGAAGAUCGGAUUGUCGGAAAUUAUACACCAUUAAAAAAUGAGGUUUGGGCCCCCUUAGCAGACAGAAAUAAUGACUUGAUUAAUAAGCAUGGGUUUAUUGUUCUCCAGAUUAAGGGAUCUUUUCGAGUCUUUUUCCUCUGGAUCUCCGGCACGGGUUGUCAUGCUGGGAUUAGACGCUGCUGGAAAGACAACAAUAUUGUACAAGAUAAAGCUGAACGAGAUUGUGUCCACCAUCCCUACCAUAGGUUUCAAUGUGGAGAAUGUGUCCCCCGUAAAGGGCGUGACCUUCAACGUCUGGGACGUCGGGGGUCAGGACAAAAUCAGACCUCAUUGGAGAUAUUACUUUCAAAAUGCCGAAGGGUUAAUGUAUGUAGUGGACAGUAAUGACAGAGAAAGAAUAUUGGAGUCGCGUGAAAAACUCUUUGGGUUUUUAAACAGCGAUGAGAUGAGAGGAGUUCCGGUGGUGGUCAUUGCCAAUAAACAGGAUCUUCCGAAUGCAUUAAGUACAUUUGAAGUGGCAAAUUUGAUGAGCUUACACAAGAUGACUUCACGAAAAUGGCACAUUCAGGCUGCAUGUGCAACACAUGGGGAAGGGAUUUUUGAGGCCAUGAAAGAGCUGUCUUCCAUGGUAAAAGAAAACAAGAAAAAGACGAGAUGAAGUCUUUUUAUUCAAAUAUAUGGUUUAUGACAAGCGCACUUCAAACAGCAUCAUCUGGGAGAAUCCUGAAUCACGGCACCAUUAGUACGCUGUUCGUGAUUCCAUGUGUACGAGAAUAUAUUUUGAUAUUUGACUGACAUUAAAGCAUCAAUGGUUUCAUUGAAUUGCAGUUUGCUAAUUGUCUGUAAAAAUGAAGAAUUAUUAAUUCGUAUCGAUGUUCUAUGAAUUUUAAGAACCGAACGCUGGCGAAGGCUUUCAUUACACUCGAGGCAUUUUGUAACAUUUCACUAUCUAUUCGUGUGUAUCUACAUAUGAUGAUAAUUUCAUUGUUAACUUUAUAGCUUAAUCAAUACAGUCACGUUGAUGUAUUUGCCAAACCCAGUCAAUGAUAGAUGUAUAUAUAAUUAAUAUGUUUAUAUUUUUAUAAGAUAUGCAUUUUCGCCGAUAUACCGGUAUUGUGUUAAUAAA